CUCGACACUCGUGCUGGUAGCAACCGCUGUUGUUUCGAGUGGAGCGCCGUUUGCUGCCUUGUGCUUGUUGCCGUAAUUUGUGUCCCGUGCCGUGACUCCCGUCCCGUCCUCUCCUGUCCGACGGGAGUCUGUAGCGCAGUCUUCGCUGCGCAGGAGGUUCUUCCCGCUCCGCCGCGCGGCGCCUUCCACCAUGGCCCGUCAUUUCCUCGCGGUUCAGCUCGCGCUGCUCGUCACAGUCUCACACUCCUCCGCCGCCGCCGCCGCCGCGUCCGCCCCUCCCACGCCGCCGCCCGCUUCGUUCUUCCCCUUUCCCAUUUCCUUCGGAUCCAUGGGCGGAAAGCCUUUCUUCGCCGGCACGCAUACACCGCAGAAGCCGCCGCCAGCGGCGGCGCCGCGUACGGGAAAGCCUUGGAAUCGGCGAACGGGAGUUGCGGCGGCGUGCAGCGAGUCGAGUCUGAGCGGCUUCACGUCAUCGAAAACGCUCACGCCGGGCCUGGUUCUCCACUGGAAGGCCACGUCAGGGACGACCGUAAAUAUGGCGCUGCAAGCCACGUCAGCCGCCGUUUCGGGCGGGUGGUUCGGCGUCGGCUGGUCGUCGGCCGGCAAGAUGUACCCGUCCGACUGCGUCAUCGCGAAUAGCGAGCUCUACGGGGCUAUUAACGCGUACACCAUAGGGGACUACUCGCCAACGAGCAUCAUCCCCUUUGCGUCCUUCUCGCUCGGCUCGUCGCCCGCGUUAUCCGGCGGCGUCGCCACGUACGUUCCUCUGUCUUCUCCCGGACGGUGGGCACGGGCGACAAGAUAUCAUUCGUGAGCGGCCCCAUGAAGACCAUCUGGGCCUACUCCGACGGCCCUUCCACCGCCCUAGACGG